GUAACCUCGCGGUGCAAAAUCCUACCCUCUAUCGACUAUGGCAACUUGUCGCAUAAGCCAUGGAGGAAGGAACACACGCGAACAUGUGGUGAACCAACUCGUACGCUACCAACUCGUCACAGGACAACUCGUACUCAGUUUGGGCCUUAUUUCCCAUGUGAUAAUGUCAGCACCAACUACAAUGACAAUGGGGGAACUGCCAGGAUUCUCCCUUCAUCUGGCCACCACCGCGAAGAUCAAGAGCUUUGAUGAAGCGUUUGAGGAGAAUAUGACAUGGCUACAAGAAGUGUUGGAAGACGCAAAGAAACAGUUUGGAAGAGAGGAAAUGGCUAUCUUUCCUAAGACCCCGGCCAUGAGGAGAAAACGCCAGCGAAUUCGAAGGGUAUCAGCCAUACACGAUGAAGAAACUGAGAAUCAACCGCCAGUUAGAAGAAAAAGAAGCAGCAGAGCAUCUAUUGUUGGUAAGACACGUCAAUCUCGUCAGUCAAUCGCACCGGUCAGGAGAAGUGCCCGUGCCUCGGCCCGAUCAACAGUCAUGACCCAAAAUGGCCGAUCUCGAUCGCGUACCUCAAAGAAAGUCCAGAUGUGCGAAAACAAUGUUGAAGCAAUGCAGGGUUUCAGUUCAUCUGAUACAAGCAGUUGCUCAGAGGAUGUCGAUGUUGCUGAGAAAGCUGCUGUGAAAGACGAGCCUAAACGAAGCACAGAUUCAGGGGUGAUCACGACUGCGGAGACACCAAAGGACACUGAGGAAGGCACCCAUGAAGUGGCACCUGCAGAUCUUGUAGAUGGCGUCAAAAGUAUCAAAGCUAAAGAUCGAUCCAGUCUUUCAAGUAUCAAACGAAAUGCUGUCUCAAAAACCAAACAGGAAUCAAAGAAAUUGCGACUGAACAGUGGCGAAGCGGUCUCUACUGUUUCGGAUAGCACCUCCUCUGAUGAGUGUGAAACAGUUAACAAGUCACAGUCAGUCACAGAGACGGCUUCUUCAUCAACCCCUGUCAAGAAGGAAGCAGAACAAGUUCAAGAAACAGUGACCAGACCUGAGUCUGCUGUAACGACAACGACAAAAACGGGACGGCCAAAGCGCAACAAUGCUGCUUCAAGGUACAAAGACCACGUCAAACGUCUCAUCAGCCAUCACGAGCACCUAAUAGCAGACGUGGUAUCCAGCUCCGAUGAUGAGUUCCAGUCUCCAAAACAUCAGCGAGUUUUGAGAGAGACAGUCCAGAAGCCCAAGCAACUGGUUCCGGUGAAGAAGAUACAGCAGAAGAAGAGGGUGGAGGAAGAAGUGGCAAGAAAGUCUCAGAAUAAACAGGAGGGUACAUCGGAAGAGAAAACUGAUGAUGAAGUUUUUGUCAGUCAGAUUGAUGAGAAAGUUCCUGAAUUAAAGAAAGAGGAAAGCCCAGAGAAGAUACAAAAGCAACCUUCACCCAAAUCUAGUCCUACCAUCCAGAAUUCAAUUCCUGAAACUGUGAAGAGUAAUGAAGUGACGCCUAUCAAAGAUGAAGACAAAACGGACUCAAAGGAACCACAUGUCAGUGAAUCUCAAGAUGUUGAGCAGCCACAAGAUUCCGUACCUGAAGUUGCAGAUGACGUGAAGAUGGAAGGAGAGCAACUGAGCAUAGUUGAAGAUAGCCUUGAUCAAUUUAGCAUUGCAGAGGACAGUCUCAACAAGAUAAAAACACCUGAAAACGACACCAAACAGCCAAGAGAAGUGAGUCCAAGUCAAGGCGAUAUGACCACCGACAGUCUUGACCAACAUAAUAUAACAGAAGAUAGCCUGGAUCACAAUGACAUCACUUGCGAUAGUCUCAACCAAUCUACAUCAAGAGGGCGCAUGACUCGUCAGAGUCUCCGCAAGAAUCUGUCUCAGUCUACACGACGCUCGUCAAUCGCAGUCAGUCGCUCUAAGAAGCGAUCUUCUGUGUACCAGCAUAGAACCUCCAUCAGGAAGUCCGUACGCCAAUCUCUGCGUAGUACCCGAGCCAGUACCAGGGCCAGUAUGAGACGAGCUACCAUGGAGCAGGUCCUUCAAGAGAACAGUGAAGAUGAUGCCCAAGAUGUUGUCAUGGAGGAGGUGCUUCAUGAAGAAGAUGCUACAAAUUCUCCCAAGGAAGAGAAAACCACAACCCCAAAGAGCGUGUCAACACAUCCACUAACCAUCAACCAAGAAACACAGCGGAUUACUAGGGCUGCCUCAAGGCUUGCAGGGAAACAACAGGAAUCAUCUCCCGAGAAGCAAGACACAUCCUCAGAUACUCCAAAGUCAAUGGAAUCUACACCAGACGACAAUGCUCAUGAUACUUCGUGUUCUUCCGAUGAAGAUAUUGUUAGCAAGACACCUUCACCGGAAUGCCCGCCAAACCAGGUUGUGCGACCCAGAGCAACAUUUCUAUCGUCUGGUAAGAAGGAAUCCAAAUACAUCAGCAAUCUCCAUGGAAUGGUAUCUUCAUUCAUCAAGAGAAACACACCACAGAAGCAAACAGCAACUGAGCGUCAGCAGGAAAUCAAGAAGAAUAUUCUGAAUAAGCAGAAACGAGACGAAGAGAUCCGACGGAAGCUGGAAGCUGAAAAGCAAAAGCAAAGAGAAUUGCAGAAAAAAAAACGCGAGGAGAGAAUCAAGAAGGUGACGGAGGCCCGCGAACGCCGCGCAGCCAUUCAGCAGCAGAAACGACUAGAGAUGGAACAGAAGCAACAACAGAUGAGCAAGCAGACGACCAGGAAGAUUGAGGAUAAGAAGCAGGAGGAGAUCAUGAGGAAACAGAUGCAGAACAAGAAGAAAGCAGAGGCUGAAGAAAGACGAAGACAAGAAGAACAAGCUAGGAUGAUCAAGAUGCAAGAACAGGAGGAAGAACAGAGACAGCAUCUGGAGAUGAUACAGCGUAAGAAGGAGUAUGAAGAGCAAGAGAGACAGCGUCGUAUUGAUGAAACAAGACGUCUGCAGGAGCAACGUCGAGCUGAGAUGGAGAGACAGAGACAAGAGGAGUUACAGAGACGAAGGGAGGCAGAACUAGCCAAGGAACGAGAGAUGCAACUACUCAAGGACGAACGAGAGCGCGAAAAGAAGGAAGAACUGGAACGUAAACGAGAGCAAGAGAGACGGGCAAGAGAGGAAGCCGUGGAGAAAGAAAGACGUAUCGAGGCCGAGAGGUUAGCUCGAGAAAAAGAGAGACAACAGGAUCAGAAACACCUUGCAGAUAUCAUGCAGAAGGAACGUGACCUCAGAGAAAAACAGCAGGAGCAAGCCGAACAUGAGAGAUUGAAGGCAUCCAUCUUGAAACACAACACCAGCGCCUGCAUGAAUACCAGCAGCUCAUGUCUAAAUACCACCGUCACUAAAGAUGGCUCACCUAAGAGCUAUGAUAUGACCCCACAGAGAGUACCGUUGCCUUCCACAUCUGAGAACUACAACAUUGAUGACUUGGAUAGCGGUGAUUCCACGGAUGAAGACGACCAUCCUAAGAAGACGAUACCAUCUUGGGCUCAAGGAGCUGGUUUGAAGGCAGGUUUGAUCAAGCAAUAUUACCAUCCACCACCCAACCUGGAGACAUUGUUUGGGCCUCUCCUACCGCCAGAUCUUACCAUCAUCUUUGCGAAGAAGAAACCGCGCUACAUGAAGAGAACCAGCUCAGCUGUGUGGGACUCGCCGUUACUGAAGGUGUGAAUAAAAAUGGGUACCGUCACUUUCCUUUACUCCAAACACUCUAACAAAGUAGCAGUUCGGGUCUAAUUGAUGAAAAUUCUUCCCGGAUGGAAAGCUGGGAGGAAGCGCUGAAUUGCAAGAGGCAGUUCUCACUUACUGUUAUGGGGCAAUCUGUAGUUUUGAGGUGUUUGACUUUGUUACGCAACAUUGUAAAGGUAACAGAUGUUUCAGAAGUUAAGGAUGAUGAACACGCUGAGCAGAACACUAGUAACUUCAGGUUCCUGGUCCUAUUAAUAAUACAUUGUCCUAGUAAAUUAUUCCUGACAUAUUUCUGAUGAAUUCUUCCCAGUAGAUAAAAAAAGGCCACACCAAAAACAGUCUAUCACCUUUUGAACAUCGUUAUAUUAAGAGUAAUUUGUGAGAAUAAAAUGCUUGUACAUUUUACUUUUGAUUGAAAGUUUUAACAUGCCAGUUUGAACUCUUUUUGUACGGUGAGCUAAUACAUCGACUUGUAAUGGCCCCCAUUAGAGACCAUGACCUAAUAUGUUUUCAUACCGGUUCAAACAUCAUAGUGCUUUGUUUUAUUAUUUCCAAUGAAGGCAAUUAAAUUUGUACACAAAAGGGUUUAUAGGUUUUGUUGUAAGUACAUGUAUAUGUAGAUGAAGUUAGUCUCAACUCAACAUUCGUGUGUCAGAGAUAUGUUUCUGAAAAAUCACUACAUUUGUUUUCAUUUUGGAAGGCAAUUUACCUUGGGAUUUUUGAUUGGAUAUUUAUAUGUGACAAAAAUGCUGAGUAAUCAUAAAGCCCAGUUCAUGCCAAUGCGAAGCGAAUUUGACGUCGUGAAACAUUCGCUACGAAAUUCGCCCGAGUUGAAAUGUGUUCAACUUUGGCGAAUUCGCAACACGAAUACUUGCCAUGACGUCACAGAUUCGCUUUUGCUUUCGCGCCGAAUAUGAACCGGGCUUAAUUGGGAAGAUGAAUAAUUGUAUGAACAAAGAUUGAUUAAAUAAUCCUCAUAAUCAUUAACCCUCCUUUUCAAAUGGAUGAAGCAGAUUCUCCUUCUCAGGGCAUUGUAUUCUAUUCUUGAUGUUCCUUUUGUCUGAAUUGUUCAUUUUCAAACCCUUUCCAAAUCCACUCUGUGGUACUCCUUUGGCAGAUUUAUUCUAUUUGAACAAAUGUGGACACCACAGUGAAUUGAUGGUGUUUGGUUGUACAGUACUGCAUCCAUCGAAAUCAUGCAGACGAUUGUGGCUGGUUAGUGUUCGAAGAGUGUAAAAUAAAUGAAAAUUUCAUUUGGGCGAUUUGUUGAUCUAA